AACAACCAACCCGAGGCCAAACAAAGCCGCACGGCCAAUCUUUUACUUUUUUUUUUUUACCCUAUUUUCCCUUUUGACACAUUUUUUUUAAUUCUUUUUUUUCCCUAAGCAGGAAGUAGUAAUUAAUAAUUUCUACGCUUGUUCUUCGGCCCUCAUCUUCCACCUUUAAUCCGCCCGGUGGCCGCGCACCAGACUCGAUACAGCAGGCGCCCCAACCAGGUUUCUGCGACAGAAUUACAGCCUACUACAACCCAGAGCCUCUCCGCUCAACGCCAGAUCAAGUAUAGGUCGUCGGCACCACGACCAAAACAGUAUCUCCACCAUUUUUGCCUUUUUCGUUCGUGAUACAAUCGUCGUACCUCAAUAAAAAUGGCCGACAUCACAGACCAACACGAUCAAACUUCUCCCACCGAACUCGACGAUUCCCACGUCGGCAAUGGCAAUGCCGGUCCUGCAGAAAACCGUGGCAUCAAGCGCCAACGCGCUAGCAUCGCGGACGACGAUGAUGAUGAUGACGAGAAGGGAAGUCGCGAGCGUCGCAAAAUAGAGAUCAAGUUCAUCAGCGACAAAUCGCGUCGUCACAUCACAUUUUCCAAGCGCAAGGCUGGAAUAAUGAAGAAGGCAUAUGAGUUGUCCGUUCUGACAGGCACUCAAGUCCUGUUGCUUGUCGUGUCGGAGACUGGGCUUGUGUACACAUUUACCACCCCUAAGCUCCAACCGCUAGUAACCAAGGCGGAGGGAAAGAAUCUCAUCCAGGCUUGUUUGAACGCGCCUGAGCCUACCCAAGGCAACGAGAACGGCGUUGACGAUUCCAACCAAGUCGAAUCGCCUGAGGAACCGCCCAAUUCUCACCUACCCCCUCAGACGAGCCGACCCGGAAUGCCUUCCCAUAUGCCUCCGAACUACGUACCUAACGUACCUAUGGACCCUCAACAAGCCAUGGCGUACCAAAGCUACAUGCAGCAUCAGCAGCGCGGGCAAUUUGGAUUGGCACAGUCCGGUAUGCCACAGCACACCUCACAUCAAUCGUGACGGUCGCCAUGGCGGCGAUAGCAUUGCCUUGCACCUGAUACCCCGAAUUUAAUGCAUUCACGAGGUUCUUUUUUUAUUCGAGGCAUUCUGAACACCUAUAAUUGCAAGGCUUCGGUGGUCCGGCGUUGUUGGGUC